CCUCAAAAUGGAUGGUUUUAAAAUUGUUACCAGAAAGAGAGGAAAGAAAAAACAAUUUGCAACAACUGUAAAUUGUAAAGAAACUUAUUUUGUGUCAGGGGAUAACCACAUUGCGAGCACUGUGAAGAGAAAGGCGCUUUCAGCAAAGGAAACUUUGUGCUGCACAGAUUUUUAUACAGAAAUGAAAGGAAAAGUUGAAGAGUGUACAAAGAAAGUUAAUGGUCCUGACAAAAGUCUAGGUGAGAUUGUUACCUAUGGACUUGGAAACUUUGCAGAAUGUUUGAUCUCGAGAUAUCAACUGGCUCUACUGUUAGCCCUUCGAGAAGACUUACAGAUACCUCCUAGUGAUGUUCUGCUUUAUGACCCCAAGUUCUUCAUGGCUGAGAAGGAAGUAUUGUCAGAUUUUGGAUUCCAUGUUUUAAGUGAAAAUGAGGAGGGAAAGAGACAAUGUGGGAGCAGCACUCUGUUUUAUAUGCCACACUGUGGUAAGAGUUUGUACAACAAUCUGCUCUUUGCCAACUGGAGUCCAGACCGACUUCAUCAUGUUAUCAUCAUCGGAAACAGCUUCACUAACAUGGUUCAAAAUGUGCCUAGCAGUACCAUGAAGAAGUGUGCUCCUCUCAUUAUGAAAAUUCAGCCAUAUGCAGAGGAGAUUUUGUUGCCAGGAAACUUUCAGUACGAGGACGUAUUUAAUGAUACAGUCAUCCAUCUUUUUCCACAGGGUAAACUGAAUUUACUGGACACAGAAUUCUGGGAGCACUGUCCUGAGCCAAAAUAUGAUCAAGAGGAUUUAGAAUUUAUACCAAAAUCUUAAACAUCGAUUAAAAAAAGACUACCUCAAAUACAGCUUGUUGUGAAUCUUGCUUUCUUCUUAAUUAGUUUAUUAGAUGAAGACCUACAGAUGUCAUACGCUGGUGAAACUCAUUCUCUUUAUUCCCUAUAUAUGGUGGUGAUGUAGUGACAUCUAUUUUAGAGCUCAAUCUAAUUAAAAUGUAAAUUCUGCAUAACAAGAAACUUCACCUGCAGACUUUAUCUAAGACUCUGAUUUUAUUCCCUGUUCACACGAUUGCGCAUUAAAUAUUUAAUACACAGUAAAUUAAUGCAAAAUAAAAUAUUUACAUUC